GGUGAAGUAUUUCGCAAUACCGGCAGGCUGACUCCCAAAACAAAUACCAGAAAGUAUAUAUUUAAGAAAAUAUAAGCAUCACAGCCUCGACGGAAAUGCAGCUUUAUUGGCCAAUGGAUUAGGUCUCCUCUGGAUAGUGACAGUAAUGCAAUAUCAACAAAAGAUGCACUAAAAAAACAGCAUUCAUUGAAUGCAAUGCAUACUUCUAUACAAUAUUCAUAUGCUGCAUUUUUAAGAGUGUGCAGGCAGGGUGUACUGGAUGAAGAAGUGAUUUGUGACAGAACAGUAACUGUAAGAGUGAAAGAUGAUUGUAAAAGAUGGCCACUUGAUGCUGUUAGUGUUUUCUGUGCUGUCUGUGAUCUUACACUUUUGAGCUGAGCAGGUGCCAUAUACCAGAAUGUUAUGCAGGCAAUAAGAAUUGAACACCACUCAGCACUUGUAACAGUUCGUGGGAGCGGGUGGAGAAAUGUGAGCUUCAUCACAUUCUGAGUCAAUGAAGUAGUUGCAUGCUGAAAGGAAAAUACUGAAAAGAAUCACAGAUUUCACAACUUUUGACAUCUUUUGUGUUUUUCAAUAAAAUCUGCAAGAUACCAGGAAGCAGUGAUAAUAGAAAGUUAGUCCAAAUGAGCAAACCACCCCAGGAGAAACCCAUGAUUGAUCAAAAUGGAGUAAGUGUCAUCCAAACACAAGCACAUGCUAGCGGUUUGCAGCAAGUUCCGCAGCUCAUCCCAGUCAGUCCUGGAAGAGGAGGAAAGGCAAUGCCUCCCAGCAAAGCGAAGAAGUGUACUCCUGAGAAAGACAGCGAUGAAUAUAGGCAGCGACGGGAGCGCAACAAUUUGGCUGUGAAAAAAAGCCGCAUGAAGAGCAAGCAGAAAGCUCAGGACACCCAGCAAAGGGUAAAUGAAUUAAAAGAAGAAAAUGAACGUUUGGAGGCAAAGAUUAAGCUUCUUAGUAAAGAGCUGAGUGUUCUGAAAGAUUUGUUUCUUGAACAUGCUCACAAUCUUGCAGAUAAUGUCCAUCCUCAAAAUACUGAUACCGCCACAAUGGGACAAAAUAACACCAAUGCUCAGUAGGCUAUAAGACAUUUUUUUAUUCUUCAUGUUUGACGUUGUGUUGUUUUUGUUAUUUGUACCCCAUCUAACCUCUAAGUAUGUUAAAUUUGAGGUAUUUUACAUUUCUGACAGCUCUCUGUUUUUUUAUUUUUUCUUUUAUUGCCCCUGAUGGUUUUGCUUUGAAUCUUUAGUUUAUUUGAUUGGUUGUUUUCAGUUUUAAACAUUUUGACUUUGUAUUUCUUGCUCCAUUAAAUCUGUUUACCUGCUGAUGACAGUUAUUAACAUGGAUUAAUAUUAUUUCAAUGGAAAGUAACUCAAAUUAUUGAAUUGACAUAGAGUAUUAUACUGUAGAUUUUCAUUUUCUUGGGCUUAGAAUUUCUAUUUGAUUGCUUCACUGAAGAUCAUUAUCCUUUCAUUAAGAGACACAUUUUUUCUUUUUAAUUUCUUUUAUUUAUAUUGUUUUUAAUGAAGUUAAAAAUGUAGAUUCUGUAGCAGGUGUUGUCAUAAAGGUUGUGCUCACAUUCACUUUUCUCCUAUCCACAUUUUGUGCAUUUUAUUUUUUAAAAACAUAUACCCAUAAAAUGGUGGCAAAACUUGGUCAAAAAGUGAGUAGUAGGUAAGUGCACAUUUUAAUUUCAGCUGUUCUUUCGUGCAGUGAUUAAGUUAGUCCUAUAAGUGAAAUAUAUGCUUAAUUAAAUUUCUUGCUUACAUAUUUCUGCUUUUAGCAUUACAAAGGCAUUGCCAUUAACCCCAUUAUUCAUUUUGGUUUUUUUUUAUUUUAGUGUUGGGCUAUUGACAUCAGCAAACCAAAUUUUAAAUGUGAAUGAAAUGUAGUCAUAUCAAUGCAAUCAUUCACACGUAGGUGUUUUUGACAGAAAUUUGGAAACAUUUAUACUGAAAUCACUAUGUAAAAAUCCAUGUUUGAGUGAAAAUUUACAUCCAUUCUGUUCUUGGAGGGUUAUAAAUUAAUUUUGUGACUGUCUUCUAAAUAAAAACCUGAACCAUCUUAAUUUAUAAAGCUUGCAAACAGUUUAGAAAAAAAAAUUUACUACAGUUUUGCAAAUACAUGAAACAUGACAUACUGAUAUAUAGAAGAAAAGGUUAUUAGACUAAUGUAACUAUUAACAAUUAGUGUGUGAUCAGCUUAGAUGCUAGUGCCAGAGUGCACUGAAGUAUUUUAAUUAAUUUGUCUUUUCCAUUCACAGUGUUGCAGUGUUUUGAUGAAUUAUUCCAGAAAAAUAAAUUAAAACAUGAUUAGUUGUGCCUUGUACCAUACCGUUUUUAUAAAGAAAAAGUACAGGUUCUGUCAUUUUUUUAUUUGAAGCUUGGAUUUGCUUAAAACAUUCUAAAUGACUAUGUUGAAAUCAGAAAGAAGAUUGGUAUAUUUGUACAUUUUACAAAUAAAUGACUGUCACAAAUAAUAAUAAUAUUAUUUGCUGUGUUUUUUAUAUAAAAUCUGGCCAUGCAACUGAUUUAUUCAUUCUGUUUACCCAUUUAAAGUUAAAAGUUUAUUAAGUGCAUACACAGACUGAAAUUUAUUAAGUUGAAAAAAGAUAGAAAACACAGUCGUGCAAAUUUACGGCUCUAUUUGGGCCUGGCCAAUUGCCCGUAUUUUGGUCACAAAAUGUUCAGGUGUGGGUCACCAUUAGGCAUACUUUAAAUGCUGGUAUAAAUUAUUCCAAACUGACCUUCAACUUUCAGAAUCCGCAUACCAGGUACAUGUAAGGCAGUGUUUCUCAACUGUUGGAUGGUUGGGUCUCAGGUUGACAUCAUUGGUUUGCCAAUGGGUUGCCUAACUCAGUGUUUCUCAACCAUGCAUUCAGCAGUGAUACACAAUAUACAUUUCCCCAUUUUUAAGUGAGCAUAUUUCACCAAGGUGAAUAUUUAAUCACACUCACUUCACCAAGGAGGUGGUUUGCAACAGGUGCUGGUGGGACGUUAAUGAAUUUAAUAAGGCAAAACUAGAGCAGUGCCUAUGAAAGCAAACCUUAAAGGGCCCUCCAAGAGACAGAAAACAUAUGAGACCCAGUUAAAUAAUGAUAAUAUUAAUUAAUAAGAUUUAUUAUUGCAUCUGGGUUUGGCAAUUUUUAGAAUAUUAUUACUUUAUUGUUAUCCUGUUGUAGUCAACAAUAGUGACAAAUCCUCUCAUCCCGGUCAGCCAUAAAUCAGUACAUGGCUAUUAGUUUGGUAAUAUUGCAAAUGAUUAAACAAAUGCAUCUACUUGGUUUUAACUAUGCUCUCUUGCUGGUUCUGUGUCUGUUGUUCUCUCUUAUUCAAUAAAACACAUUACUGCUUGAAUAGACAACAUAUGUACAAUACACUAAAUAUGCAAACCUGACCACUGUGUAAACUGUCAGUUGGCCCUAUGAUAAAAUGAUAAAGUAUGAUAAGUAUAAAGGUAUGACUUUCACAUUGAAAAAUCAACAUUUUAGGUUGAAUAAAAUAGAUUGUACUAAUGAUUUUUUUUUUUAAAUACAUCCAUCCAUUUUCUAACCUGUUUAUCUUUGUCAUGGUUUCCAGUAACCAGUGGUUAUGCUCGGAGUACAGGGCGCAAGACAGAAACCACUCAUUUGGAGCCAAUUUAGAGUUGACAGUUAACUUAACCUGCUAAUCAAAUAUGAGGAGAAACUCAUACUGUAACUGGAAGAAUAUUUAAGCUCCACACAUGCAGCAACUUUUCUUUGAAUCGAGUGUCAUUCAGAUAAUUUUAAUGCAAAUGUAUUUUUUUAUACUGUGUAUCACACAACUACCGUUUUGUCUUCAAGAAUGUAAUAAGAACUCAAGCAAAAUUACAUAUUUUAUUGGCUAACUAAAAAAAAA